UAAGAGCACAAAAGGCCACAACCUCACUGAAAACUAAAACCAAAGCUGAAAUACUUCAUGCAAGGAAGCAUUUAAAGUCUCUUCUGAAUUGCUAACUGCCUGGGCUACUGGUGUGGACCUAAUGGCCUCACCUUCGGGAGUGACAAAAUGAUGAAUUCCACCACCCCUCAGCCCCCACAGUCCUGCCCCCGAAACACGCUCAUCGUGCAGCAAGUCAUUCCCGUGCUGUACUUGAUGGUCUUCAUCGCAGGGAUCUUGCUCAACAGCGUGUCGGCGUGGAUCUUCUUUUAUGUGCCCAGCUCGAAGAGCUUCAUCAUCUAUCUGAAGAGCAUCGUCGUUGCCGACUUCCUGAUGAGCCUGACGUUUCCUUUCAAGAUCCUCAGUGACUCCGGCCUGGGCCCCUGGCAGCUGGGCGUGUUCGUGUGCAGGGUCUCGGCAGUGCUCUUCUAUGUCAACAUGUACGUCAGCAUCGUGUUCUUUGGGCUCAUCAGCUUCGACAGAUACUACAAAAUCGUAAAGCCUCUUUUGACAUCUUUUAUCCAGUCAGUGACUUACAGCAAACUCCUGUCGGUGAUGGUCUGGCUCCUGAUGCUCCUUCUCGCCGUCCCCAACAUUAUCCUCACCAACCAGAGUGUUAAGGAUGUCACACAUAUAAAAUGCAUGGAACUUAAGAAUGAACUGGGCCUAAAGUGGCACAAAGCAUCCAACUACAUUUUUGUGGGCAUCUUCUGGAUUGUGUUUCUUUUGUUAGUCAUUUUCUACACUGCUAUCACAAGGAAAAUCUUCAAGUCCCACCUUAAGUCUAGAAGGAAUUCCAUUUCGGUCAAGAAGAAAUCUAGUCGCAAUAUAUUCAGCAUCAUGUUAGUGUUUUUUGUCUGUUUCGUACCUUACCACGUUGUCAGAAUCUUCUACACAAAGAGCCAGACAGAAGCUCACUACAGCUGCCACUCCCAAGAAAUCCUGCACUAUGUGAAGGAGUUCACUCUGCUGCUGUCCGCGGCCAAUGUGUGCUUGGACCCCAUUAUUUACUUCUUUCUGUGCCAGCCAUUUAGAGAAAUCUUGUGUAAGAAACUGAACAUCGCGCUAAAAGCUCAGGAUGACUCAGAAACGUCCAGGUGCAGGAGGGCACAAGCAGCACCUGAAAGCACAGACACGCUCUGAUUCCCGCGGCCGCUCCUGCACAGCCCGAGGUGCACGUGUGACCCUCAGUUACCAGCGCGAGGGGCAAAUCCGAAAAUGGCCAUGACGUUAAGCAUCACCUCUGAGCAUUACGAUCCAAUUUAGCAUGGUAAUAAAUUAUAAUGUGAGUUUCCAUGCUUCUGUGUAACAUGAAAGAAAAAAAUAAUACAUCUUUCAAUCAGAUCAAAAUAGAAGGUUAAAAUUUAUAAUCACUAAUCUGGUCAGUUAAUGUAGAACUUUAAAUAGCAAAUAAGAAAAUAAAAAGCAAUCAAGACCAUUCACAAGGGUGCCUUCCAUCUCUAAACAUAAGAAUUAAGUUAGUGAGUUGUGGAAAUUUUUUCAACAGGAUCAUUGAAGACCAACUUAAAAGUAGGCACAGUUUCAUAAAGGACUAAAGGUCUGGUUAGUAAAGAGUCAAGUUUUCUCUGAUUUGAAGAAGGAGAAAAAGCGGACACUCAGAAAACCACUUAAGAAAUUCCCUACUGAUUUAUCUCAUGGUAUUUUAAAAGAAAGCAAAUAAAAAUUAUAUACUUUGCAAUAAAAAAUGUAAUUUUUUAUGAUAGCAUUUUGAAGAGGACAUAAAAUGCACUUUAAUACGUUCUCUACAGAGACUUGUUAAUGAGCCUGGAGCUCUGAUCUCAGAAUAUUUUUACAGGUGGACUCUCCUGAGGGAAGCUGGGGACUGGUCUGUGUUGCCAGCAUCCUCCUCUGUUCAGUGGCAUGUGUCUGUCUGUCUGUCUG